AUGGCUAAACUUAAGCCUACGUACCUGGUUUGUAUAGUAGUUUUGUGUUCUAUUAAAGCUGUGUUAUCAAACAUAUUGGAUUUAAACAAUCUAACCAAAUUCAGCUUUAAAAUAAUACAGUAUACCAAAGAGAAUGUAAAUAAAACAAUUAUUUACUCUACCAACGAGAGUCCAAUAACUCAAAUAAAUGUUGGAUCAAUUUUAUUGUUUAAACCUUUGCAUGGAGAAAAGAUCAAAUCUGUUACAAUUAUGAGAUUCAAAAAUACUAAAGAAGUUCUUUUAGUUCUGGAAAUCGAAAAUGCUAUAGCUGGUCCCCAAAAAUACUACUCUAGGCGUAAAGGACCAUUUAAACCAAUUGAUGAAAGGACAUUUCUUUUGAAAUUUGAAAGUUUAAGUAAUAAACCUAAAUAUGACCCAUCUAAAAUUGUAACACCGGGCGUAGAUCCUAAGGUACAAAAGUCAUUUGAACGAAAACUUCGUAAACGUUUUCGUGAUGGGUUUUUCAAAGAAAAAGAAAUAACACCUCAGGAUGUAACGAAUAUAGCAAAUGAGCCGCCAAUUGACAUAUUAACCGAAUCAUUUAGUGAUGAGGAGAAAGGUGAUGAAUCAUGGACCAAAUCUGAAGAAUCCACUGAUUCAUCGCCUCAUAAAUCAUCUACCGAGGAAAAAGAAUAUAAACCAGAUAUAUCAACUCAUCCAAUUGAACAAGAACAACCAGCACCAACUGACGAUGGCUGGGAUCUGGAUAGUAUUCAUUUCGAAAUAUCAGAUACUGAAGAGCCAACUGAGGAACAAAAGAAACAACAGAGAAAAGACUUGAUGGAGAAAUUAAAAAAUAAAAUACAACACAGAAUGGAAGAAAAAUCUAAAAUCGCUCAAACUGAACCAGAAGUGUUAGGCGAUGUGGAUAUUAAAGAGUUGCUGGGUACCGAAGAUGAUGACUUUGAUCUGGAGAGUAUUCCAAUGGAUUUCGGAUCAGAUGAAGAACAGAAGGAUAUUGAUCCCAAAUUUUCAUCAUCUUAUACGGGUGGUGAACCCACUCAACCUCAAACUGAUGUUCUAUUGGCAGAUGUAGUUCAGGUGGAAGUAGAAUCUGAUGACGAUGAGGAAAAUGAUACAGAAAAACAGUCUGAACCACAAACUCAACCUUCAGUAGAUGAAAAUGUUCAAGUACAAGCAGAACAACAACAAGAUGGUUCUUUAAAGCCAGUGGGACCCUCACCUGAAAAAAGACCAUUUUCAUUUGAUCUUUACUAUGAAGAUCCAAAUGCUGAGCAUAAAAUAGCGAAAAGACCAAAAGGGGUUCGUACUGAACCUCCAGAAUCAGGCGAACAACCGGAAACAACUGAAGCAGUACUGAGUUCUGGCGCCGGAGCCCCACCACCUCCACCACCUGGCGAUGGAUCUGAACCACCGGAUGGACCUGGUGGUGGUACUCCUCCAGAGGAGGAUCAAGAAGGAAUAGUUUUAGUGGAGGUGGCUAUAAAACGUAUAGUAUCUUUAGAGGAUCCGGGAAGCAAUAAACGUGUAAUCGUCGACUAUGAAAUCAAUGAUGGAAUACCAACUUUAAUUGUGAAGGCGAAACCUCAUAAAACUGUUACUCAUGUUGUUGAACAAGGUGUAAUAAUAUGUGAAGCAGAUAAAGGAAGUAAACUUUUAAGUUUUUCAGCCUUUUCUUACUACAACUAUUAUACUCUUAUUGAAAUCAUAUUUCAAACUGCUACAAACAGUUAUAUUAAGUAUUUCAGAAAACACGGUGGAGAUUGGGUAGAAGUUGAUAUCACACACUUUGAAGCUUAUUACCAAGAACUUAGAGGCAAUGUUGUAAUAACAAACGAAAUAAUUGUUGAUAUAAGCUUGCCGCUCGAUCCCUUUACAAUAUUCUCUAAAUUUACAGAAAAAAAUGGUUUAAUACACACAGUUCUCAUGCCUAUGCCUGGAUUUUUUAUAAAACAGGUUAAUUAUGGCACAAGUUUGGUUUGGAGUUCACAAUUUAGGCGUUGCCUUGCCAUAACUCUGACGUCAAGAAUAGGUGACAUUCCCAGGCUCUUAAUGCUUGAAAUUUCUGGUCCGAAUGACGGCGUAACUGAGGAAAUGCAUUUCCACAGACUUGGAAAUAACUUUACAUUAAUCAGCCGAAAAUUGUACGACUCAGUUGUACACGAAGACCCUCACUAUCACGGUUCUGGAUCUCCAUCAGGCUCAGAGAAUUUACAAGAAAUGGACCAUUCAGACCACACUAUUCCGUCAGGAGAUUCAUUUUCAAGUGAGUCAACCCCUGAUCAACAAAUUCAACCCCAACAGUUAGUACCUCAGACUAUUCAUUUUGAAAUGCCAUCCGAUGAGGCAGAUGACCAAGAACCUCUUGAUUUAUCACAAUAUUUUAAAAAACCAGAGCCAGAACCCCAAACGGAACAUGAAACGACUAAACAUUCUCCAACAGAGGAUAUAUUAUCAAGUAAAGAAGAGGAAUUUGAAGAUGAACAACCUCUCGAUCUAAGUGUUAAAGCACAAUCUGAAUCAGCUCAACCAUCUGAUUUAUUAGAUCCUGAAACCAUCCAAGUAGAAUUAGAAUCUGAGGAGGAGGAAGAAGACGAAGAAGAAGAAGAAGAUGAAGAAGAACAUUAUGAUGAUAAUGAUGAAGAUUUUGGUGGAGGUGAAGGUGGUGGAGGUGCAGGUGCAGGUGGCGCAGUUGGUUUGAUACCUUUGCAAGUAAUAAACAAUGAAAAUUAUGUAGGAGGAAUUCAUAAAGGUGUUCCUUAUAGAACGUAUAGUCCACCUCAAGGUAAAAUGUUUGAUGCUAUUAGUUCAGGUUCUAAAGUUAUCUGGAAAGCAGUUGAGGGCUGUGGAACUGACAAUGUAAGAUUAUUUUUUGUUACAGGACUUCCACGAUUAGGGUUUUUCAGGCAAAUAAACCUAAAGGAGAAUGAUAUUAGAUACAUUUUUAUUGUAGAAUCACAGGGCGGGAUAUGGAAAAUGGUUGAAGAACUUCAUUUCCAUCAGGCAUUUUAUGAACUCACAGAACCACUAUCCCCUAGCACUACCUCUCAGGAGUCCUCUCAAUCUUCACCAGAUACACAAUCGCAAGAAUUUCCUCAAUAAACAAUUUACACAGUGUUGUUCAUGGUGUUAAUAAUGAACAAUUGGAUCUAAAUUGUGGACAUGCUAGAUCUAAACAAAUAUUAUUAGAUCUAAAUAGAAAAUAAAAUGGUAUGUUAAAUAGAUGCCAAUUAUAUACAAUUGGGCUCGUAAGAAAAGUAAAAUCGUAUGGCAUUUGCCAUAAUGGUAGUAUAUCAUUA